CAGCUCAAGGAACAUAAUAUUCAAAGCAGUUAUUCUGUCACAAGUCAAUCAUUAAUGCAAAGGCCAGUUGGGAUGUAUGGCAGCAUGGGAGGAACAGAUAAUCCUGAUGGAACAGACUCUGUCGAGCAACAAGAAAUUGUAUUUGGAKAUCAAAACAGUGMUGAUGGGAGACCAAAGAGAUAUUUUCCAGACAGUUGGCAAAUGCAAUGUUGGGGCAAGUGUUGUGAAAGUAUUCUAKGAUCAGACAAGCCAAUACCAAAGUUUAUUGCACAAUUCUUUGUUACACCCCUAACAAAUGUAACUGGACUAAGCCUACACUAUCAGUUAUACCUCAACGAGAUAUUUCAUACAACAUUUUUGACAAGACUGGGUCACCAUUUAUUUAUGCCCUUAAUUGUACUUAUGAUGCUGAUAUUUUUUGGUCAAUUUCGUAUUGUCCURGAUAAUGAUGUCACAAGCUGCUAUAAAACAAACAAUUUUGAAGUACUGAUUCUAAAUGGCACUCUCUUCCUUGCUGUUCUGUUAUUCCUAUGGUAUACAGCGUGGGGUCUGUUGCAAAAGACUUAUUGGAUGGGGGUAUUCAUGAUACUCCCCUUGAUUAUUCUGGUCAUCCUGGCCAACAUCUACUUCCAACUUGCUGUCAAGAACACUAUGCUCAUCAAAAAUAAGAUGGCCCCUUGUGAUGUUUGCUGGAAUCAUACCAAAUAUGCUAAUGGUGUCAUUCACUUCUAUAAUAUCUUUGACCUGAUGGAAUGGUAUUUCAACCCUGUCCUUUGGGCUGGCAUUUUAUCAAUGUUUCAAUCUUUGAGCCACAUCUUUGAACCCAAGAUUCCUCCCCGUGUCUCACAGACUGCACACUGGAUGAGCUGUACACAUAUGUGUAUGAGAAUGGGCUACACCAAAACACUAUGCAUCUUGUCACUUCAAGCACUGUURGGGGCAGUAGAUGAGUUCCUUGCUUCAGCAAGACUGCUUCCUAUAUUGAUCCUGAGGGUAUGCUAUGAGCUUGGUUAUCAAACAAAAGAAUGGGAGAGGAUGAAAUUGUUGGUUAAGAUGUGUAUGGAAUAUGGUGAUCCUGCGUUAGACUUCAUUGGUAUUGGUGGAGCUGGUCACCCCUCUACCAGCUCAAUUGUCUUUAAAAAAGAUGUAUCUAUUGGUGAACUCAAAAAUGAAGUGUCAUCAAUGAGAAAUGCCUUAACACCUCACCAACAAAGAGUACUAUUGGAACCAGCCAUGAUGCAGUCAUACAGAAAAAAUGGAAGAGUUGACCCAUUCUUGCAACAUUAUGUGACUCUGCGCCACUARGUGGCACAGUAUGCCUUACAGGUUCAUGCAUAUGGCCCAUUUAGGAUGGGACAUGAUGAUGACAAAGCAAAGCUAGAUACUSAAAGGAUGAACCGAGAUUUUGGUGAUAAUUCCAGCUUUGUUAAUUUUCUUCAUCAAGUAAGGUUUGGUCUAUGGAGAAUGGAGGAUGAUUUGAUCAAUAGACGACAAUUUUCUGGUUGCUGUGAACCUUCACUGGAAGAAAUCUAAUUAUAGAAUAGUAAUAUAGAAGGGUAUUCUAACUGAGGUAUUGUAACACAUUGUUGUAAUUCAAUUAGGGACCUUAGGAUACACUAACAAUAAAUUCUUAUACAAUUUAAAUAAAGUAAUUACUAGCAAUCCCACUCUCUGACAAUCAUUACUGACAGUUGAAACAGCUUUUUAAACUUGGUGGCACAGGUGGUCUAGUGGUUAAGCUGCUGGRCUCUCACCACUGUGGUCUGGAUUGGUUUCCUGUGCACGGACCACAUGUGAGUUUGAGUUUGUUUGGUGUGUUGUUCUGUUGUGUGCUAAAAUACUUAAUGUAGAGGUAGUAAAAGUGGGAGUACAGGGUCCGCAGUAAUUGGCUCA